CAGCUGACUUAACUAGGUGUGUACACACUGCAGCACACUUAACGACCUGAAGAUUAUACAAACAAGUGCUAAAUUAAAUGAAAACCUAAAGGAAGUUAACGUUAAUUAAUACAAAUAAAGAUCUAACGAUGCUGCGCAGCCUUUCUGCCCUCCGUGGGCAGUGCCAGCAGCUGUUUAGGAGCUCCAUCCGACCUCAAAACUCAGUCCAUAAGUCACAACAAUUUUGGCGGAUGAAGUCGACGGAUUCUCCGGAGGAAGCUGCCCGUAAAUUGCGUGCGAAAUCCACACUUUACUACAUAACCGCCGGCGGAGUGCUGAUCGUGGGUCUCAGUUAUGCGGCUGUGCCGCUGUACAGCAUCUUUUGCCAAGCCUACAGCUACGGAGGCACCACCUCGCAAGGGCACGAUGCCGAGAAGGUGGAGCACAUGAAAAAGGUUGAGGAUCGGGUGCUAAAGAUUCGCUUUAACGCCGAUAUUGGAUCCUCCAUGCGCUGGAACUUCAAGCCGCAGCAGUACGAGAUUAAAGUGGCUCCUGGCGAGACGGCUUUAGCCUUUUACACGGCCCGGAAUCCCACGGAUAAGCCGGUUAUUGGCAUUAGCACGUACAAUGUGAUCCCCUUCGAGGCGGGCGCCUAUUUUAACAAAAUCCAGUGCUUCUGCUUCGAGGAACAGCAACUGAAUCCUCACGAGGAAGUGGACAUGCCCGUAUUUUUCUACAUCGAUCCCGAAAUCAUGGCAGAUCCGGCGCUGGAGACCUGUGACACCAUCACCCUUUCGUACACCUUCUUUGAAGCCAAGGAGGGCCUGAAACUGAACUUCCCCAGCUAUGCAAAACCCCAUGCGGCAAGUGCGUGAGGGAAAGGUGGUUAGGUCUUUGUUUUGAAACAAUAAAUCUUUGUUAUGCCAAUUUUAAAA